ACAAACUUAAAAAAAAUGUUUUCCUGUUGUCGUGCAAAUCCCAAAAAAUCGAAAAAAUCAAACGAAAUUAAUGGUGGCGAUAAUAAAGACGCUGAACAAAACACCAAUGAAGAAAUUACAAAUAAAACAAACGAAAAUAAAACACUUAUAAUACCAACGAUUACCAUUGAAAAUGGUAAAGCAACAACGACUGAUGAUACAAAAGCCACAACGAAUUCCAUAACAAAUAGUCAAAACCCUGAAGUGAAUGGCAAUAACAUAGUGAAUGGCAAUAGUCAAAAUGAUAGUAAAAACGAUGACAAAAUUGAGAUUGGCAAGGAGGAGACGGAGGUGGUUGUGUCAAAAAAUUCGGAAAUAAAGAUCGAGCAAUCUUUGGCGCAAACGGAGACUGUGACAGAAACAGCAAUAGAUAUUGAAUCCAAGGAUAAGACAGCUGAAGCAACAGGCCCAAAGGAUGUUGUAAAUGUUGACAAUGGGAGAAUUCAUCCGCAUGAUGAACAUGCUAAACAAAACAUGUUAUGUGAUUACAAUAACUCCAUUAUAAAAAACAUUUCUUGUAACAAAGAUGAUGAGGAAGAUGUUAUAGCACAGAGUAAAACUGAAAGUACUAAUCCAAGUCUAUCAUCGUCUUCGACAACAAUGAAGAUGACAACGACAGCGACAUCAUCGUCAGCGGAAGAUGAAAGCACAACAUCAAAUCUAACUCAACAGCUAGCAAAUAGUUCUUCCACAACUGAUAGUACAGUAGUUGCCGUCGCAACUAGCCAUACAAAUCAUACAAAUAAUGCACCAACAAAAUCAUGCCUAUCGCGUCACAAUUCCACACACCAGUCUAUUAAGAAGCGUGUCAACAUUAGUGUGCAUGCCGAAAUUAUAGAACCGGAACCUUUCCCGCCGCCGCCAUUGUCUCAGCUACCACAUCAAACGGCAUCUGUGGGUGAUGAGGAAGACGAUGUAUUUUCCGAUUCAUUGCCACCACCAAAACGUGAUAGUAUGUGUGCGCCCUAUAUUGAGCGCGAUGAUGAUAUGGAUGACAUUGUAUCGGAAUCGUUAGCUUAUGCACAUGGUUUACCGCAAUGGUUUAAUGAUGAACGUCUACAUGAGAUAGGCUGCAUUGAACCACCUGUAACACCAGUGGGGCGCGAUGAGCUUGAACUAAAACGACAAAGGCUCUAUGAAGACUUAUUGCGUGCAGCACAGGCUGCUGUUGGGCAUAGUACACGCUUUCAGCCACUUGAAUUUGGGACAACGACAUCUUGCGUAUUGCCACUAGCACCACCAACACAUUACGAACGUUGUGGGGGAGAUUGUGAUCCUGCCAUAAAACCGUCUAUAGCUGAAAAUCUUGAGAUAUUGGUUAAUCGCCUGGAGAAACUUGUGGAGCGUUUGGAACGUUCAAUAAGUGCUCGUGAAUUGGAUAUUGCCAAUCGUACCUUUGACACGGUUAUAGAACAGAAACGUGCUAGCUUUCAACUAUCAUCACCUACAGCAGAGCUUGUGGAGAAUUAUAACGUUGACCAGCAAACGGAAAAGCUUAAUCAUCGUAUUGAACGUAUAGAAGAGUCGCUGAGUCGUAUCAACGAUCGUCAUAGCCUUAGCAGCCCCAGCGAUAGUCCAGUUGAGCCCAUAGCAGUAAGAGAGGGAAGCCUAGAUAAUAUACCCACAGUCUUAGACGAUUUCUCUUCACUUCCUCCGCCGCCACCACCUCUAGAGCUCAGCAUGAGUGUUUUGGGUUAUCAAGAUAUAGUCAAUGGAUCACUAGGCCAAUAUUUGGCCUUGUCCAGUAAAAUUGGAGGCGAUGUUGCCAAACAUGCUGAAUUUGUGAAAAAAGCUUUUGAUGCUCAACUUCAAUAUGUCACUUUGGCCACGCAAUGCUCUCAGCCAGAUCAGGCCAAACAAAUGGAAUUAUUGAAGCCAACUUCAAAUCAAAUUACGGCCAUACAAGAUUUCCGUGAAAAGAAUCGUGCUUCACCAUUCUUCAAUCACUUGUCAGCCAUUAGCGAAAGUAUUCCAGCAUUGGGUUGGGUUUGUGUGUCACCAACACCAGGUCCUCAUGUCAAGGAAAUGAACGAUGCUGGCCAAUUCUAUACCAAUCGUGUUUUGAAGGAAUGGAAAGAAAAGGAUGCCACACAUGUUGAGUGGGCCCGUGCCUGGGUACAAACAUUGACCGAAUUGCAACAAUAUAUUAAACAAUAUCAUACUACCGGCUUAGUAUGGUCAGGUAAGGGAGCUGCACCCUCAGGUGGCGCUGUUCCCCCACCACCUCCCAUGGGUGCUUGUCCUCCUCCACCGCCACCACCAACCUUUGAUUUGUCCAAUAUGUCCUUGGAUGGCGGCGAUGAACGUAGUGCUUUGUUUGCUGAAAUCAAUCAAGGCGAAAACAUCACCAGAAAUUUGAAAAAGGUCACUGCUGAUAUGCAAACACAUAAGAAUCCUACGCUACGUACUGGACCAGCUCCCUUCAAAACACCCACACAAUUCGGCUCGAUCUCUAAGCCUGCCGUUGACGUUGUUAAGCCACCUGUAUUCACUCGAGAUGGCAAGAAAUGGCUUAUUGAAUACCAGAAGAAUAAUCCAACUUUGAUGGUGGACAAUGCUGAAAUGAACAAUGUUGUCUAUAUGUUCAGAUGUGAGGGAUCCACAUUGACUGUCAAGGGCAAAGUUAACAAUGUCGUCUUUGAUUCCUGCAAAAAAUGUUCUCUGCUCUUCGAUUCGGUGGUAGCAUCUGUUGAAUUUGUCAACUGUCAAUCGGUACAAAUGCAGGUGUUGGGCAAUGUACCCACAAUUUCAAUUGAUAAAACCGAUGGUUGUCAAAUGUAUUUGUCCAAGGACUCAAUGGGUGUGGAAAUUGUGAGUUCCAAAUCUUCCGAAAUGAAUGUUAUGCUGCCUGCUGAUGAUAAUGGAGAUUAUACGGAAUUGCCUUUGCCAGAACAGUUUAAGACUACCAUUAGUGGCAAAACUUUGAAGACUGUUUGUGUAGAUAGCCUUGGUUAAGCUGCCAAUUUGCCGAAAUGUAUUAACAGCACUUGCGCACCAUCAUUUCACACAUACAUUGUCGUUUUCCACAGAAACCAACCACACACACACACAGAUUAAGAGAUGAAAAGAGAUGCCAAUAAAUCAAAACAUUUGCUAAACAUAUAUAAUCAUUAAAAAAUAAGAGAUAAGAUUUAAAAAACAAAAUGAAACAAAAACAAAUCACUUUUGAUAACUAAAACGAAACAUUUUAAAAUAUUUAUUCUAAAAUAAUAAAAAAUCAAAAAAAAAAGUUCUACACACCACAAACCCAAACUUGAUUUUGUCCAUUUCUAAGCUUCUUAGCGCCGCCAAUAUCACUCAAAACCACAACUGAGAAAGUGACCAAGUAUUUGAAAAUUAUUCUUGUAUUUAUUUUUGUUUGUUUUAAUUUAUUUAAAAAAAAGUUUUUUAUUACAAAAUUUUUAUUUUUUUACAAUGUGUUUUUUUUUUCUUUACACUAAUAUUUAUAUGUAUGAUGAUGUACCUCACUUAUAUUCCUGUUUAUUUUUUAAUUUUUGGCAAAUAAAAAUAACCACAAAAGAGAAAGUA